GCUAUAAAAAGAUCCAUGAUCCUAAGGAGUUGUGUCGACUGUGACGAGAGUGUCUGAAUGAACAAGAAAAGUAACAGGGUUCAAUCUGGUUAUCUAACCGGAAACUAACACACAUUUCCACUGAAAUCUGGAUUAACUCUCUAUACAGACUAAGAUGGCUGUCCCGUCUGUUAUGAUUCUGCCUUUGCUGAUAGUGUUUUGUGCUGGAGUUUACUAUGUUUACAAUGAGGCCAUGCGAUUCAUGUCCAAGUCCAUGGUUCAGAACAAAGUGGUGGUGAUCACAGACGCUGUAUCCGGAAUGGGAAGUGAAUGUGCCAGAUUGUUUCAUGAAGGUGGGGCGAGGCUGGUUUUGUGCGGGCCCAGCUGGGACAAGCUUGAAUCUCUGCAUGAUUCACUGUGCAAUGGAUCAGACCCCAGUGCAACUUUUACACCCAAGCUUGUUCUGCUUGACUUCAGCGAUAUGGAGAAUAUUUCUGAAAUGAUCACAGAGAUUGAGGAGUCCUACGGCUGUGUGGAUGUCCUGAUUUGCAACAGCAGCAUGAAGGUCAAAGCACCAGUGCAGAAUCUCUCUCUAGACAUGGACAAAACAAUCAUGGAUGUCAACUACUUUGGGCCUAUCACAUUGGCCAAAGGUGUCCUCCCAUUAAUGAUCACUAGGAGGGCAGGCCAAUUUGUCUUGGUCAACAGCAUCCAGGGAAAACUGUCUCUUCCAUUUCGCACCUCUUAUGCUGCCUCCAAGCAUGCAGUCCAGGCAUUCUUUGACUGUCUGAGAGCAGAGGUGGAGGAGUUUGGGAUCUCUGUCAGUACAAUCAGUCACACCUUCAUUAAUGCUGUACCACAAAACACCACUCCCUCCAAAACCCCGCCCACUAAUCCCCUCUGGGCUUACAUCUCCAGCAAGCUGACAACUCACGGAGUGAACUCCAACACCCUGGCCCACGAGAUUGUAAGAACGGUGAACUGGCACAGACGAGAGGUGCUCCUCUCUCACCCCAUACCUUGGGUGGCCCUCUACAUCCGCUCUCUGGUUCCCAGUUUCUUCUUUGCUGUGGUGGCUGCUGGGGUGAAGGAUGGAGUCAUGGCUGAGCAGCUGCAAUAGAUGAACUGCAGAGAGAGAAGCCAAUGAAAAGAAUGACCCAAGGAAUUCCUGUUGUUUGAUUCUUGAGCUUUGAACUCCAUUCUAGUCUAACAGAACACAGCAGGAUUUUCUGAUGUACAAAUAAAUUCAUUUGUGAUCUGUUAGAAUAUUUUACAAUCAGAAGAUCUUUAUCAAAAGUCUUUAUAUCCUGGCAUUCAUGGUUACAGAGUAAUGUGACGUUCUUCAUCCAUGUUUAAAUAAUAAAGUCUUUGCCAUG